AUGUGUGGUUGCCUCUCCCUUGCGUCCCCCACAGACGCGUCAGCCACCACAGUGUUGGCGACGGACGGCGGCCGAGCCGUCAUCCCGUGCCUGGCCAAGCUCCGCGCCGACAACAACGACUCGGCCGUGCUCGUGCGCUGGUUCAGGGACAACCGGACCGAGCCCUUCUACAGCCUGGACUCUCGGUCGCGGCGCGGCGGCCUCUCCAAGGGCCACCACUCCCGCGACGAGGCCUGGAAAGGUCGCUCCUUCUUCUCGGUGCUCCAGGAGCCACCCAGCCUGAAGAUCAACCGCGUCGACUACGAGGACAAGGGCGUUUACACCUGCGACCUGCUCUACUCCAGCGGCAGGCGCUACAGCGCCGUCGUCUACCUCGCCGUCUUCGUGCCUCCAUCCGAGUUCUCCAUCAAAAACGUCGAUGGAGCAACAAUUCAUGACGCCGUGGGUCCUUAUACCGAGGGAGAAAACUUGGUGCUUGUCUGCGAAAUUCUAGGAGGCAAACCGAGGUUCAAGAGCACGUGGCAGAACAACAUGGGUGCCGUGGCGAACGUGACCAGCAUCGUGGAAGGCGAUCUGCAGAAGACCAUCCUUCGGAUCGAGCCUCUGAGGCGACAACACUGGGGCCUCAACGUCACCUGCACAGCCUCGAUCCUGGACGGUCUCUUCUCAAAGUCACUGUCCACUCACGUCGUUCUCAAUCUGCCUCCCGCAACGACGGUGAUCACGGCGAGCCACACGGAGUUGUACUUCGAGGAGCCGGCCGAGUUCGUGUGCACGACGCAGGGUUCCCGGCCCGCGGCCGAGAUCCGCUGGUUCCUGGGUCCUUCAGCCGUGGAGCCGCUGCUGUACCGCACCAUGAGCGACGGCAACGUGACCACCAGCUACGUACUCGUGACGCCCACUAAGGAGCGCAAUGGGGACAGGCUCAAGUGCACCGCCUUCAACAAGAGCCUGCGCAACAGCGAGCUCUCCGCAGAGACUCUGCUUGAGAUCAAGUGUGAGUGCCCGUCGCCGCCCCAGCUGCGUCGCGUUUUUCACUCCUGGCAUUGGCCCUAA